AAAGAGUAUUCAAAAAGGAUCGAACUAUAUCAACAGCAAAUUCUUAAUAUAACCAUCAGAGUGGAACAUAUGGAACAGAGCAGCAUAUCUUACACAGAACUGGACUUCCAGUUACUCAAAGUGGAAAUCAGUGACCUAGAAAGGCUGGUCACUCAGCUGAAAUCCAGUGUUGUUGGGAGCAAUGUCAUCAUCGAUCAAAUAUAUUUGGAGAUCACAAAUCUAACUAUAUUGGUAAAUGAACUAGAAUCAAUGGACAAAAACAAUAUCCUUGCAAUACGUCGACAAGUUGCAUCUCUUCAGAAUCAAUUGAGAGAGUGUGAAGAGAGCAAAAACAAAACUACAGCACCCCCUUAUUUCCCACCAGGUAAGCAUUUGUCUUGUCAUGAGGAGCAAUAUAAUACAUGGAUAUUAGAAACGAUUGUAAUUAUACUACCGAGUCUUGACAAAUUGAGCAGGCAGCUACUAAUCUUUCAUCAACAGGUUCAAAAUGAAAAAGAGGGCAGGAAACAAACUCUUGCAGACACAUUAGUUGGUUUCAGCCGGAAAAAGCUGUAAAAUCCCUCUCACCUG